UCAAUUAAAAAACAACAAUUGGGAGAAACGAGUGCAUUUUUUAUAUGAUUUUCCUGUGACAUAUGGUCGAAGUGCGACUGUUGUGGCAAUAGAGAAAUACUUUUACAUAUAUACACAAUAUAUAGAUCGAGGAAGGAAUUUCGCAGUGCAACUAUGCCUAGUUCAAGGCGUGCCAUAUUGGGCCACAUCAUGUCCGGCAUAUGCACGAAGAUGAACCGCACCAAGCCGGUGCCAGCGGAUGUGAUGGAGACUCCGCUGAAGCGCUGCCUCACCACCUUCGACAUUGCGCUCUUGGGCAUUGGCCAUAUGGUGGGUGCUGGCAUCUAUGUGCUGACUGGCACCGUGGCCAAGGAAAUGGCUGGACCUGGCAUCAUUUUAUCUUUUGUGCUCGCCGGAUUCGUGUCCAUGCUGGCGGCGCUGUGCUAUGCGGAGUUCGGCACGCGCGUGCCCAAGGCUGGAUCGGCAUAUGUCUAUACCUAUAUAUCGAUCGGUGAGUUCUGGGCCUUUGUCAUUGGCUGGAACAUAUUGCUGGAGCAUAUGCUAGGCGCCGCCUCAGUGGCACGCGCCUGGAGUGGCUAUGUGGACUCCAUGCUGGGCGGCUGGAUAGCCAAUACGACAUUAUCUCUGAUGGGCGGGAUUCAUGAGCCAGGGCUGGCUGAAUAUCCGGACGUGUUGGCCUUUCUCGUCUGCAUUGUCUAUGCCGCGGCCUUGGGCAGCGGUGUCAAGGCGACGGCCGUGUUCAACAGCGUGCUGACCCUGGUCAACAUCGGGGUCAUGAUGGUGGUCAUUGGCGUGGGCUUCUGGUAUGCGAAUACCGACAACUGGUCCGAGGCGGAGGGUGGCUUUUUGCCGUAUGGCUUUGGUGGCGUGAUUGCAGGUGCUGCUACCUGCUUCUAUGCGUUCGUUGGCUUCGAUUCGAUAGCCACGUCCGGCGAGGAGGCCAAGAAUCCCGCCGUCUCCAUACCAAUCGCUACAGUGCUGUCCCUUUGCGUCGUCACGGUAGGCUACAUCCUGGUUAGCGCCGCUCUCACUCUCAUGAUACCCAUUAGCGAGAUUAAUCCGGCUGCCUCGCUGCCCGAGGCCUUUGGCCAGCUGCAGCUGCCGUGGGCCAAGUACAUCAUCUCCAUUGGCGCACUCUGUGGCAUGACUACCACUUUGCUGGGCUCACUCUAUGCCCUGCCACGUUGCAUGUACGCUAUGGCAUCGGAUGGUCUGCUCUUCAGCUGCUUUGGCCGCAUCAGCCAGAGCACCCAAGUGCCACUGUUGAAUCUGAUUGUCUCCGGACUGCUGAGUGCUGCUCUGGCUCUGGUCUUCGAUCUGGCCAAGCUGGUGGAGUUCAUGUCCAUUGGCACACUGCUCGCCUACACCAUUGUCUCGGCCAGUGUCAUCAUACUACGCUAUCGUCCACUGGCACACGUGGGCACCCCCAAUCCUGUCUAUGCGCCGGAUACGCCGGAUGAGGAGAAUGACGAGGAUGCCGAUUCGCAGUCGAGCAUUGAUACAGCAUCGCCGACGAGUGAUCUGAUUGAGGGCGCUCUGGCCGGCCGCCUGAAGCCGCAAUUUCGCUGGCUGGAGCCGCUGCUCGGUCGCUUUGCACCUGGCUCGGUGGUGUCGGUGGCUGUGCUGCUGUUCAUUGUGUUGAGCUUCGCCAUCUGCCUGGAGCUGAAGGUAUCCUGGGCACAGCUCUACUCCGGCACCUGGUGGGCUCUGCUUGUCUACGGUUUCAUCAUCUUUGCAGCCAGCGCCUGUGUCGCUGUCAUGGCUGUGCACAAUCAGAACACGCGAGGCUUGAACUUCAAGGUGCCGCUGGUGCCCUUCGUGCCAGCACUUGGUAUCUUCAGUAACAUAAUGUUGAUGGUCCAUCUGGAUGCCUUGACCUGGGUGCGCUUCUUUGUCUGGGUAACCAUUGGCAUGGUUGUCUACUUCCUGUAUGGCAUACGGCAUAGCAAAGAGGGCGAAGCCUGUUCCACAUACUCCAUACUGAUGACCUCAUCGGAGGCAGGUAAACUCAACUGGGGAUCCUUCAAGGCUUCCAAGAAUGUGGCCAAGCAUACGGUACUCGAGCGUUUCCUGGGUCGCCGGAAAAUGGAUGAUAAGAAGCCCAUUGUGGACGAGGAAUGCGAUGAUAAUGCAGAGAGUCCAAAUUAAAUCAAUCAAUGGGAACACGAUAUUAUAU